AAAAAUAUAGAUUCCUAGAUUACAGUCAUGCAUCGGAAUCAGGAAAAAAAUCCGAUGUAUGACAGCGGCGUCUCAUCCAGAAGCACCAACGAUUUUCAGGUGCCUUACAAUACGCCUAACACUGGACGAAGUUUCGUGAACGAUAGAAUAGGAAUAUAUAAUGAUCGCCCCCGCCAGUCCUUGAAGCCUGAGUUGGUCAGCAACACUGGCGGGGCUCGAAGAAGAUUUAGCAACGAGUUUUCACCAGUGUCACCAGAAGCUAAGAAUAUAGAAUCAGUGCAAAUGGUGAGUGAAGGUGGCAAAAUGGUCCCAAGAAUCAUGCCUUCAGUGAAACAAAUUGAGAAAACAAAGCCGCGUAGACUGAAUGACAAAAACGGUGACGAGGCGCCAUCGGGCCCGAAUUCCGCAGAAAAAGCCGCCGCCAGACGCGGAAGGAGCGGUGGGGUCGGUUGGAAGCGGGAGCAAGAUGGCGGAGAGAGUUCGUCGCAAUUACAGAGUCCCCCUUUUGUACCCUUGCCAAAAACCAGUGAUAGCGCAGCGCAGCUCCAACCACAAAUUUCGUCAACAGAGACUUUGUCACAAAGGACCAAUAAAUAUGAAGGAAAGUUGACCGAUAGUAGAAUAAGCACCAUCAAAGAAGAGGAGAAAGUUGGCUCGGAAGAAAGGAUUAUGACAGUAAGCCGUGCUGUAGAAAAUGACGAAGCGGAAUCUGAUACUAGGAAUUCUAGCUCAACAUCAUCGAUUGAUUCUAACAAAUCUUCAACCGUGGAACGUGAUCGCACUUCAAAUCCAGGACCAUCGUACUCCCGUUUUCCAGUGAAUUAUGUCGACCUCAGGAAAGAAGUCGAGAAAUUAAAAGCAGAAGUAAAUGAGCUCAAGGCAAUUGAAAAACCUCGGCUUGAUGCGCAGGACAAGUCGAGGCUGCAACCGGUCUCUUCCCAGCCAUUGAAUGUUCAAAGACUCGUGUCUCCUACCGUCGACGGUAGGAAACUUUCGAAUGAUUCCCGUCCGCAAUAUAGAUUAUUGAAUGACACCAAGGAAGUUGCGGAUGAAUCUCCGAAUAUAAUUAGUAUUAGUGAUCCAAGAAAAAUAUCAAACGCUGGACUCGUUUCAAACUCUUCAAAGCGAGCAAGUGUUUUUCAGCCCAGUCAGCUUGAUAAUAUGCCGGGCAAGCCCAUACUGAGCAAUUCUGAGCUGCCGAAUAAUUCGACUACUUAUAUCAAAGAACAGAUUGCUGGCACUAUAGCUACAGUUCCGAAUGCUACGAAUAAAAAAAAUCAAAACGCAAGUACCCAGGAUCAUCCAAAUCAGACCGUGAACAAGCGGGCUGGUUCCGAACUGGAUAAACCUUACAUGGACCCCCGUAACGCAGACGUCCAAAAAAUAUUCGAUCCGAAAGGCCCCGAACACAGGAAAGACGGACUAAAGCGAAGCAACGUCUUAGCUCCUCCACUCAACGCUGACGCAAGAAGACGUGAAAAUUUACGGAAAAGCACAAAGCUGGUUAAUAAUGAGUCAAGUUCUAAGAAAGCAUGGAAAUCUAGCAAGGGAAGCUAUUGCAAAGGCUUUUUCAAGAGCCUUAUGACAGCCCGUAGCAGUUCACUUAUCUUGCUUCCCUUCCACUGCCUCUUGGUAGGAUUCUUCUUAGUGUACCUCAUCGCCGGGACUCUCAUAAUAGUCGAGAGCAGCGAAGGUCGUGUGGGGGCUUGGCAUUGGUCUUCUGUAUCGGGCGAGACCCGCAGCAGUACUUACGCAGACCAGACAUUUCUGACAGGACGAGCUUUGGUACGUCAAGUAGUGGCUGAGAUGGUGAUGGAUAUUUCAGAAAAUGCGGUUCUCGUACGCAGCAAAGAUGCGAUCCUAAAAAGCAUUUUUCACUCACCGGAAAUGCAAGCGGCUUUCAGAGCCUAUCAAGAUGCGGGCUAUCGCUCGUCUCUGCCCAACGAUGCUGCCCUCAUGACCAUCAGCAAUGAAGUGUACAGGGGCUGGGCUGAACAAGUUAAAGCUCUGCUCGAGAGAAACGACUUUGUGGCUGAUCUAUAUACUCUGGGAUAUCAGGUUUCAACAGACGAUAUUAAAGAUUACUUGUCCUUGAGCAACAGCCUGCCCGGAGGUAUAUCCUGGGACUACCCAUCGGCUUGCCUCUACGCCUUCUCUUUAAUUUCGACCAUUGGGGGCGGGGCUUGGUCUGGAGGCAGCAUACGAGCGUUCGUGGUUGCCUACUCACUAGUGGGUGUUCUGCUUUACUAUUGCAUGAUCGUUGCGUGGAGCAGGCGUAUCACUGAUACGCUCAUCAGGCUGACGCGACUAUGUUUCCCGUCCACACCUGCGCAGAGCAAUGGAGGGAGAGCUUAUCUGUCGCACGACCGUCGUGCUCGAGCUUUGGCGCUGUUGAUCACACUCCUGCUCUUCUGCGG